AUGAAGACCUCCUCAUUCACUGCAUUGCUCUGCCUGCUUUUUACCACCCUCACCAGCGCUGACCCCGUCUCCGUUUCCUUCGACCAAAUAUAUGACGACCGCACGGGGUCGAUGACCACCGUCUCAUGCUCUGACGGACCAAACGGCCUUAUCACUCGCUUUGGUUUCCAGAGAUUCAGUGAUGUACCCACGUUCCCCAAUAUCGGUGGAGCAGGGGUCAUCCCUGGGUUUAAUUCACCCAACUGUGGCACAUGCUGGGCCUUGUCGUUCAAUGGUACAACGGUCAAUGUUUUGGCUCUUGACCAUGCGGCCACUGGGACGUUCAAUAUCGCUCUUACGGCGAUGAACACUUUGACGAACGGGAAUGCGAUUCAGCUGGGAAGGAUUACGGCAAAUGCCAAUCAAGUUGCAGCAUCUGCUUGUGGCUUGUGA